ACUACGCCUUUAUAUUCUCAGCAAUCAAGGCUAGAGAGAACAAGUUGCUGAGAUUGUUACAAUGACUUUCGUUAAGGAAGACGUGCCAAAGGCUCAAGCUGCUGGUCAACAUAAAGAAGUGAAUCACAAGAGUCUCUUACAAAGUGAUGCUCUUUACCAGUAUAUACUGGAAACCAGUGUUUAUCCACGAGAACACGAGUGCUUGAAGGAGCUGCGAGACUUAACGUCAAAACACCCAUGGAACUUGUUGGCUGUGUCUGCCGACGAAGGUCAGUUUCUGAACUUGUUGCUGAAACUCAUCAAUGCUAAGAACACCAUUGAAAUAGGCGUCUUCACUGGUUACUCUCUGCUCGCCACAGCCCUUGCUCUUCCAGAAGAUGGAAAGAUAUUGGCCAUGGACGUCAACCGAGCAGAUUAUGAGUUGGGGUUGCCUGUCAUUGAAAAAGCAGGCGUUGCUCACAAGAUUGACUUCAGGGAAGGACCUGCUCUUCCUGUUCUGGACCAGUUGCUCACAGAUGAAAAGAAUAAAGGAGCGUUCGAUUUCAUUUUUGUGGAUGCGGAUAAAGACAAUUACUUGAACUACCAUAAGAGGGCGAUUGAACUGGUCAAGGUUGGGGGAUUGAUCGGCUACGACAACACUCUGUGGAACGGAUCUGUUGCGGACCCACCGGAGAUGCCUCAAUUGGAUUACAUAAAGUACUAUCGUGGUUUUGUGUUGGAGCUGAACAAGGCCUUGUCCCAUGACUCGAGCAUUGAGAUCUGUCAACUUCCUAUUGGUGAUGGCAUUACCCUGUGCCGCCGCAUCAUCUGAUCACCACAACACUUCGAUCGUUAAUCUGCCCCGCCCUAUAAUUAAUUAGCUUCAUUAUCUUGUGUCUACUCUCCAACAUGAAACAAGAAUAAUAAUACAGUGGGAAAAUAGUUAAUGUGGUUUCGUGUAUAUUUUUCCUGGUCAUUGUUCUAUUCAUCAAUCAGAUUGAUUUCCUUC